AUGUCUACAUCAAACCCAUCAGGAAGACAGUACCAAUUAGGUACUAUGGACAAAGAAGCAUUGCGGGCAAAGUCCCAUGUGACCGUGACUGCUCACAACUUGGUGAAAAUGGAGCAAGAGGAAAAAAUUCGAAGGCUCCGAGAGGCUGAGCGCAAACUGAAAGGAGCCUUGGAGAGUAAGGGAAAGUCGAUAAAACUUUUGCUGGAACUUCUUGAUAGUUACCAAUUACGAGCCGAAGACGAUUUGAAGGAACUGCGGCAGCUUCGGCGGAAGGAGGGCGGUUUCAAACGGCUCUGGCUGGAAGAGAUGAGUAAGUCGCAAGACGAUACCUCUCGAUCGAACGGUGUCAAUCGUAAGGCACUUGGCCUUCGUGGCCAAUUGGCUGGCUUCAGACGUGAGCUGGAAGUAGCUCGAGCUGAGCUAUUAUCUGCUAACAGAACUACGACAAAGAUACGAACCGAAUUGUCGGCCACAAAAUGCCAUCUGUCAACUAUUGAUGAUGAAAUGAUGGAUCUGAAGUUGGCCAAUGUGAGAGAGGCAGGUCCACUGAAAGAUCUCGUGUGUGAGAAUGCCCGUCUUGCAGAUGAACUGCAAGUUGCGACAACACAACGCGACACACUUCGACAGAGUUCAACCCGGAGAAUGGAUGAGACUCACAUUCUCGAACGGAGAAACGACCUGCAUAUUAACCUUCUUGGCCGUUUUACGGAAGCCCUCGUUUCAUCGUACGAGGAGAAGCAGAAGUUGCAAUCGAGGGGAGCUCUUUUACUUCAGGAUAUUAAUAGACUCAACCAGGACAAAUUCACGGGCAUAGCCCACCUCAACCAGCUACAGAGCCAGAACGACGAUCUCCGGUCUGAAAAGACCAAACUGCGAAGUGAGCUUGCCGAAUCACGUCAAGCAUUGAAGACGGAAAGUGAGAAACACAAGGAAGCAAAAGACACGGUACUCGAGACCUCGAAGCAGCAUGAAAACUUAUCAAGAGAUUUUGAUAUCCUCGUUGGCAACGUUGAGGCCACACUGGAUGAUUUCGCUCGGCACGGACUUCGACUCAGCAACACGAUGGUACUGCAUCCUCAAGCCCGCGAUAAAUGGCCUCUUCCAUGGCUCGACUGGAACAACAGUGCCGUUUCGGCGAACAGAGCGCCAAUUCUGGAACAGGGCGAGCUCCGAGCGAUACACUUUCGCAUUUUGGUCCAACUUCACAAGCCGCUGGUAACACUGAGUCUGUUACUAUCCGUGUGGCGAGCACUAGAGACGGAGACCUUUGAACUGCCUGCUGAUAUGCUACUUUUAUCACUUUGUACAUUGGAGGAGGUGAUGUCAAGGGCACCUCCUGCUAGCGUUACUACCUUGGUCAGCAAUCUCCUUACUCGAAAGUUCCUGACUCUGUGUCAGACGCCGAAACCAAAUGAUUUACCUGGCGAAAAGACUGGCUAA